GCAGCCCUGCCUGAAUCGUGAGUGGCUUACGACACUCAGUGAACACAAGGUGCUUCUGCAUGCACUGCCAGCGCACAACUCUGCUGUAAAGGGAGGAGAGCCUUUAUUUCAAGAAGCCGGCUUUGCUUCUCAGCAUCACCUCCCAGUAAAGUGAAUAAGCUAUUAGAAAGAAUAAAAAAUGUAGAACGGGGCUGAAACACAAAAAAGAAAAGAAAAGAAGGAAUCCUCGCUGCAUUCACAGCCAGUCACUGAAUGAAUAGCGAGCUGUCUCCGAGGAUUUAAGGUCGCCCUGGUCACUGGUCACUGCAAGUGAUGGACAGUAAUUUGUGAGGAGUCAUUCGCAAAAAGAGUUUUGAGGACUUUUUCCCCCCCUCUGAUCAUCACAGCGUUCACUGCAUAGAGACAGGAGAGAGAGGAUAAAGCUCAUGCAUACAACCAGGGAAACUUGCAGUUUCUACAAGUCAGCUGAAACCUACUUGGAAUCCUCUUUCUGGCUCUUUCAACUGAAGAGAACUAAGACAUUGUACUCUUGCCAGAUUUGUGUGUGAACUGAAAAGGGGACUGAAUUUGUACCACAGUGGGGUCUUUUUCAGAUUCGCACAUAAUUAGACCCACAAAGAGAGCAGCUGAAUAGAGCUUGUGUCUCUGGAAUGGGUGAGUAAGAAAUCCUUUCAUAUACAAUUGGUUCAUGAAGAAAGCUUUUUAUGUCCUCUCCUCUUUCUCUCUGGUAUCUGACAUGAACAAAGUAAUUUGCCUUUUAUUACUAUUCAUUCUUUAAUUGUGUUGUUGUGGCAGGACUCCUCCUUGCCGAAAAACAGAAAGCAUUUUGGAUGGGAGUUUAUAAAAAUGAUGUAGAAUUUCAAAGAUUCAAUGGACUUUUUCUCUGCUAUAUCUAGGAAUAUUCAUGCUAAUGGAUUUCCUUUUUAUUGGUUUCUACCUAAAGUGGCUGCUAAGAAAGCCCCCAGGAUUGAUACUGUGCACACUGGGCAUCUUUUUAAAAAUGUUUCCAGUUGUGGAGAGUGUGUGUCCGAAGCUGUGCCGGUGCGAUGGCAGGCUAUUAUACUGCGAGUCUUUGAAUCUGACAGAGAUACCUCGCAACCUCUCGGGUAUCAUGGGCUUGUCUCUGCGGUACAACAGCCUUUCAGAGCUGCGUGACGGACACUUUGUGGGGUUAAUGCAGCUGACAUGGCUCUAUCUGGAUCACAAUCGCAUCUUCACUGUGGAGGAGAAUGCUUUCCAGAGGCUGCGCAGGGUGAAAGAGCUCAUUCUCAGCUCUAACAAGAUUGAGACCCUCCCCAACACCACUUUCAGCCCCAUGCCCAACCUGCGUAAUGUGGAUUUAUCUUACAAUAACCUACAGGUAUUGGAGCCAGACCUUUUCCAUGGCCUUAGGAAGCUAACCACUUUACACUUGCGGUAUAACACACUCAAGUUUGUGCCAGUGAGGAUUUUCCAAGAUUGCCGUAGCAUGCAGUUUCUAGAUUUAAGCUACAACCAGCUGCAAAGCCUGGCUCGGAACUCUUUUGCAGGAUUGUUUAAGCUUACUGAGCUGCACCUUGAGCACAAUGAACUGGUGAAAGUCAACCUCGCCCACUUCCCCAGACUUAUCUCCCUGAGAGCCCUCUACAUGCAUAGAAAUAAAGCAACCAUCGUGGUUAACACGCUAGACUGGACAUGGAAUUUUCUAGAAAAAAUUGACUUUUCAGGGAACAAGAUUGAAUAUAUUGAACCUCACGUUUUUGAAGCUGUGCCUAACCUAAAAUCCCUGCAACUGGAUUCCAACAGGCUAACCUACAUUGAUCAAAGAAUCUUAGAUUCCUGGACAUCCCUCACCAGCAUCAGCCUGUCUGGGAACAUAUGGGACUGUGGCAGGAAUGUUUGUUCCCUGGCAUCCUGGCUAAGCAACUUCCAGGGCCAGCAUGAUAAUACUUUACUGUGUGCUACCCCUGAGUACACACAGGGUGAGGAUGUUCUAGAUGCUGUCUAUGCAUUCCAGCUCUGUGAAGAUCCAAUAGAUGCCAUAGCCUAUACAGAUACAUACACAGCAACCAAGGACAAGGAAGAUGUUUAUAGUGAUGGAGGACCCACCAUAACACCUUACAACGUGCAGGAUAUAGAAGGGGAACUGGUGACUAAUUCAUUUACAGUGACAAUGGUUAAUGAGAAUCUUGAAAACACUAUGCACAUCCAUAAGGUGGUCACAGGGACAAUGGCGCUCAUUUUCUCCUUCCUCAUUAUUGUGUUGAUGUUGUAUGUUUCCUGGAAGUGCUUUCCUGCCAGCCUGCGACACCUGAGGCAAUGCUUCACCACACAACGCCGCAAGCAGAAGCAGAAACAGACCAUGCAGCAAAUGGCUGCCACGUCUGCCCAGGAGUACUAUGUAGAUUACAAACCAAACCACAUCGAGGGUGCUCUGGUCAUCAUUAAUGAGUACGGAUCUUGCUCCUGUCACCAGCAGCCAUCAAGAGAGUGUGAAGUGUGACGCGAUGCUGGAAUUAAAAUGAACAUACUUUGCACUGCACUGCGUAGGACCAACAGAGACUGAUUAUGGAUUUACUGUUCCCAAAACAGCUUCUGAGUGACCUGUUGACUUGACGUGAGUGGGGCUGUGCAGUUUGUUUGUUUGUUUGUUGGUUUCCCACAAAACAAAAAUGAAUAUUUGAGCUUUAAUGUGUCUUUCAACUUCAGGAUAUUUGAACAUCAACGGACAGCUGAUCAGAAUUGUUAUUAUGGUAACCCUUCUGUGUAAAAUCUGUUAAGCAGACAUGCAUAAGUCAACAAAGAUGCAAGCUAUCCUAUUUCUUUUGUAAACUAAAAUGUUUAAAUAAAAUGUUAUUUACAGUAUCCUAGUCUUUAGAAGUUUUUAACAUAUAUGAGCACCUAUUAUUUCCACCAUUAUGAAAUACUGCCUUUGAAAUGGAAGGCUGGUAAAUUACUUUCUUACUGCCCUUGAUUUAAGCCUUUUUAACUGCAAUACAUUGCCAUAUGUGCAACUACAAUCUAAAAAUGUUGGGGGGAUAUAGUGCAUCACAUUUUGAUAUUCUACUUAUCUUUGUAAAUGAAAUGAGAUGUACCCAUAUAAUGAAUUGAGUACAUAAUUUAAAGAACAAGUGGUGAAUCAAUUUCCUCCCAAUUACACCUCAAACAGAAGAGCAUGUAAUCUACAAAAGCGAAGAUGCUCAUCUUGAAAUUUAGUAAUGUCAUGAUUGUGUCACAUAAUCAGGUUUACGCUAAUAUAAGCUGCCUCCUCACGGCAAGAGAAAACAAAACAAAACAGUGCAAUCAAUGAAGGCAGAUAAUGGAUAUUACAUCUUGUUAUCUGGGCUUAAAAUCUAUUUUGCCUAAUGCUAGAAAAAGGCACACAUAAAUUCAGAACCAAUAGCAAAGCUAUAGAGCAAUGUUGCUUAUGGAUUUUCUCAAUGCUUUAAUUAUCAUGCGAUUUUGCACAUGUUGUACUGCAAAGAUAUAUAAAGGGUUGUUUGUGUGUUUUGUGUCUCUGUUUUGGUUGAUGUAUUAAUACGUUACAUAUUAGAACUGGUGGCAGUAAGAAACAGUGUAGGCUGCGCUCUAGUGUUUUUAUAUCAGCAACAGAAGAUAAAGCAACCCAGCUUUCAACUGUUGUGUGUAGGGUCUGUUUUAACACUGAAUUAUUGGGUGCAAUGCUGCAGCACUACUUGGCAUCCUGCAUUCCAAACACACAACUGGUUACUCCAGUAAACAACAGAGGAAUUACUCUAAAACCACUUCAGUGUAUGCAUCAACCACCACUCAACCUGUUUCAAUGGCUAGUAUAGGAUUUGUAACCCCUUACAAAACAAAUUCCUUUAUUACAUCUGUGGAUUUGUGUGUGUGCGUGUGCGUGUGCGUGUGUGUGUACAUGCGUGCGUGUUGAUAAUUUAAUUAUCAGUAUUUAAUUAAUAACAUUAAAGUAAUGCAGAAUAUACACAAUUUAAUAGGUCUAAUAAAACUAUAUUGAAGGGUGGGGACUAGGUAUUGAAAAUGUUAAACUUAUACUGUAAAUUGGGCAAUUAGUAAAAAUGACAAACAAAAGGCACAGGGUCAAUAUUUGUACAAGCAGAUGUAUAUCAUUCUACUGUAUGUGAUAAUCAAGAAGAUCGAACUGGAAAAUGUGAGACAAGGUUUGUUGGUUUUUACACUCAGCAAAAAUCUAAUAUAAUAAUAACACACAAUUAAUAUUUUGGGGUUGAAAAACAUCAUAACAUCGCACAGCAAUAGGGCCUGAGACAAAUACUUGCUAUGGUAUGCUGUUGUUUGAGCUGAAUCUGAGUGAUUUACAGCUCAUUCUCUGUUUCAUAUAGUAAUCUAUCAACCCCUUUCACAGUUGUUCAUUCUUGUAUAACACAUGUCCUCAUGUGCAUCAUUUAAGUUUUUUUUUACAGUCUACAAUAUGAAAAGAUCCCGCAAGUUUCAAAUAUCAUUUCUGUAUUGUGUGAAUACAUACAGAACAAGAGAAUUAGAAGUACUUAUUCUCAUUUACACUUCUUCAGCCAGUACCAAACUGUAGGAAUGGGUUCAGUAACAAAAUACAGUACUUCAGGAUCCCUUCUACAGUUAAAAUAAAUCCAAUUUCUAGACAAAAUCGGUCAAUAUUACUUAAAGUUUUCUGCCCAGUACAAUAAACUAUUUAUUUCUAUAAUGCCCCAAUGACAUUCAGUCCCAUAUACUGACAUACAGUCAUUGGGACUUAUCUUUUUACAUUUUAAUGUACAUCUUGAAUGGUAUAGGUAAGGGAUUUUUACAGUGGAAAGUGUGCACAAAUUACUAAAAUCAUCAAGUAAUCAUUUUAGUACAGUCGGUGCCGCCUAAUCAGGGUACUGAUAAUCGGAAUUUCAGCUUAAAUGGGAUACAACUCUGGGAGUUGGUUCUUCCCAAUGUUAUUUAUGUUGUUUAAUUGGAAAGUCACUUAGUUUAAUUGGGAUACAGUAUUUUUCAAAUGAUUAACAGAGAUCGCUUUUCAGAGCAAGACAGGUUCUCCUAACACAGUGAAGUGAGUACGUGAUUACGCUGAGACUAGCGUAAAUUGCUUAAAACCACAUUGAACUCUUGAGUUCCUGUGGUUUCUCAGGCUGCUGUUGCAAAGAAAAUUGGCAUGUCAACAUCGCAGGUGCCUCGCCUUGUGAUAAGAUGUGAUGUCAUUCUUUUUCAUUUCAUGUAGAAAUAAAAAACAGCAAUUCAUUUUGUUUAGGAAUAAAAACAAAAAAAAUUGACUCAUUUUAAAUCAUGUAUUUAGCAUGUAAUCAUAAUGUGAUAUGAUUUUAUUCUUUUUCUUUUCAUUUAGAAACAAAAAAGCGUGACUAAGGUCGUCUCAAAUGCCUCUUGUUUAAUUGGGACAGCCGCUUAUUCGGGAUCUUUUUACUUCUCCCAAGGUGUCCUGAUAAAGCGGUGCCACCUGUAUAAAUUGACACUUACAUUUUCGUAUAAUAUGACAAUCACUAAUACAUUGCAUUGUUUGUAUUUAUGGGGUCUAAUUUAACAAGAUCUAAAUACUGCUGCCCAGAAACCUGUAAACCUGCUCUAGUGCCAUCGUUGGCUGUAUUGUAUUUUGUCAAGUUAAUGAGGGGCUAAUAAAUUACCUCUGGAGGAAAAACACAAGGAGGAAUUGAAGGGUGGUUAUACUGUAUUCAGACCUGAUGCUGUUUAGAUUAAAAUAGACCCCAAAAUCUCUUGAUAUUGAAGUAAUCAGUGCAUAUUAAUGUAAUCUGCAAAAUAAAGGUUGAUUUGACAGUGGGUAUAUAAUUGAAAUUUCAUGUGACCCGAGUUGUACAGCUAUGGUCAAAAGUUUUGCAUCACUCUCUACAUAGAUUUAACUAAUUUUGUUUCAUAAAGUCUAAUGAAACCUAUUGAAUAAUGUUACGUUAACAUAUUGAAUUACAUUCCGCUUUGUAGUUUUCCAUAUACUUUACGGAAAACUGACAACAAUUUUAAGAUUUGUACUACUAUUAUGGCUUCCGAUAGACUUUUGCAAUAUCAUUUUAUAUUUUCUUUUAUUACAUGAUGUUAGAUAAAAAAAAUCUAAAAUUAUGUUCAUAUUUUUUUUUUAAAUGAUGUCUCAAUCAUAAAAUUCUAGUGAUAAAAAACGUUUGACCAUAGCUGUAUGAAUGCUAGCUAGACAGCAUGAACCUAUAAAGUUGUAUUCUGCCAGCAGCUUCACAAAAAGGACACUUACACUGAGGGUGUUAGUGGUCUCUUAAAAUGCUCUUGGUUCAUGUGUUUUUUUUUGGUUUUUUUUUCUGGGAGCUGAAUUUAUCACCGCUUCUACACUGUCCCGGUGAUGAACUCUGCAUCGGACUGGGUUCUGCUGUAUUUUGCAUGAAUUAUAUGUACCCAAAACAGACUGCUUCAGCUUUAGAAGCAGGGACACAUGACUGCUACCUAUUGAAUUGGUUGCAAAUCAAUCAUUGGACUAUGUGGUAUAACGUUGUAAUUAUUACAUGGGUACUACUGCUACAGGUAUCUGGCGAUGGCACUUCCUUCCAUUUUAACACCAAUUACUAAGUAGUUACAAUUACAAUAGUUACCAAGUAAUUCUAACACAAUUGAUUACAUCAGGUAUGGUAAUUACACAGUUACCAAUAUUAAUAAAGAAAUUAUUAAAAAAAAAACAUACACAAAGUUAAAAUCUGCAUGAAAUUAUAUGACGUACAUAGUUUAUUUGGCUGCAUUAGUAAUAGCUGAUAACAAUAGUCAUUACUGGAAAUUAUUGCUUGGUUAAUAUAAAGACCUCCUCGUUUUAAUUAAUAUUACAAAUGAACAAUCACAUAUGAUAGUAUUUAAAUCAGGCUGUGAUUCAAGAUUCUACCCAUUUCUAAUAUAAAUGAUUGAUAAACAGAGACUAUAUACAUUAAUCAUUUAUGAAGUUUUCUAAACAUAGACUUAAGAAUUAUUUUUUAUAUUGUGUGAAAUAACUAAUGUGUAAAAGCACUUGACACUAUAAUUGUCUAUCAUUUUUUCCUUUACUGAUUAUGUUUGUACCCACAAUCAAACAGUCUGUGAUGAUAUGUUAUGGUAGUACUGUUAUAUGGUGCUGUAGUUUGCUGUUGCAUUAUAAUCUACUAAACCUGUAUGGUUAUUUUUUUUGUUGUUUUUUUUUAAUUAAAUUGAAAAUGGUUUUAUUAUAAAAAAAUCUUUUUGUGAGGUUUCAGUAAAGAAUUUCCCAUAUUUAAAUUAUACUGCACUGGCU